AUGCCGCCAAAGAAGAAGGCCACCGGGCAACAGCCGUCCCCGAAGAAACAGCCAGUCAAACAGAAUGAUGACGCUGCAGAAGAGGUGGCUGCUCCACCACCUGAUGGAGAGUAUAAUCCUGAACCGCCAGAAAUUGUAGCGGAGCUGAACCAGGCUUUGGAUAAGAAGCAUGUUCGCUGGACGAGGCCAGUAACAAAUUGGUUUCCGUGGCGAAAGUCCUCGGAGUGGGCUACCAUACUAUUCCAAAGGCCUUGGGAAGAGCUUGCGAAGGAGAAACAACACAGUUUCGAUCGCCCGCAUCUUCCUUCGCUAUUGUAUCAAGAAGAGACUGGGAACAACAAAUCUUACUCCAAUGAUCCACAGGGUCUGCGCACCCUCUACAGAAAUAUACAAGAUAGGCGUGAGCACUACCUCGAUGGCAUUAAAAGAGAGGAAGCUAGUAUGAUAGGGAUGGCAAAUGAGGGUCCCGAUAGUCCUGGACGGGGGAAGCUUGGAUGCGAAGCUUAG